AAUCCACGGUGCUUGAAUGAGAUCCACCCGAUAAGUAUGUUAUAGAUGAAGAGGAGGCAUCUGUCCAUAAACAACUUGAAAGGGAGUAUUUUGAAUGGCCAAGUGAUAGCUUGUAUUAUACCACCAUUCUGCUAGAGACAACCAUUUCGACCAACUAGAAGGUUUCUCAGCACACAUACAACAGAGGUAAGUCUCCAAACUUUUGUCACUAUCUAUGUUUGGCCAUUGUGGUAGGUGGUGGAUUUGUUGAGAUUUACACGAAAAUAGGAUCCCUAUCACUUGUUAUGGAAGUAGGCAUACCAUGUAAUUUGAAAACAUUGUUUAAAAAUACCUCAUUUACUUUGGUGUCUUUGUCGGAGAUGUCUCCCAACGAGAUAUCGUCUGUCACAGUGGCAUGUGGAUCGUUGCUAUGUCCUAUUUGUGAUCAUGAUGGAGAAGACGACUUGUAUGUGUUCUUUGGGUGCAUAGCGGCGCAAGAUAGCUGGCAGGCAGCAUGCCCUGAGAUGGUUCCACACAAUGAUGAGUAUCAACCUGAAUCUGUAGCUGAUCGUAUUUUUGCGAUUUGCAAUAAGGAGGAUAGUGGUACAGUUGGGCGGGUUGCAACACUCCUCUGGUGUGGUGUAUUUGGCAUAAUCGAAAUGAACAAGUGUGGAAUGAAAACAAGUGCACCACAAAUCAGGUGUGACUACUCCAACAUGUUAUUUCCGUAACCAUGAAGGUCGGUUUGUGGCUGUGGUCACCAUAUGGCAGCAAACUUUAUUAUCCACUGUGGAGGGGGAAGUUGUUGCUUUACUUUGUGCGAUGGAAGAGGCACGUGCUCGAAGUUUUGUUGGGGUUCAAUUUGAAAGCGACUCACAAUUAUUGGUCGAUGCGAUCUGAUUGAAGCAAAGAGGCAACUCUGAGUUUAGUUCAAUUGUUGCUAAUAUUAUUCAUAUUAUGUCAUCAUUUGUAAACUUUGAGAGAUAGUUUGUUAGGAGACAAGCUAUUGAGUUAGCUAGGAUCUGGAUUCACAACUAUUGAGUUAAAAUCUAUUCUAAAGGAGUAUAAUUGAUUUUGACA